GGAGAGGUGCAGCAGGCUAUUAUGAUAGUAGGCUAGUUGUAUAAUGCAUCUCGCUUAAGUAUCGGUAUGAAACUCAUGCUAGUUGUGUCGGAUAUGUUACUUUACUGUCGUCGAGUUGCCCAUUCUGGACAACAUACGGAGUACUUUAGGAUGAAUGCAUUCGUAUAUGCUCGCAGCAACGGAGUAAGCAAGAAAGUAGGUAUGACAUGGCUUACUGUACCUCUUUUACGUGAGAUGAGAGAGUAUUGACAAAGAAAUCUCAAAUCCAGGGCCGGAAAAGGCAACCCGGACACGCGGCGGAGUGCUCCGUUGAGACAUGAGACUGGAUAGUAUUCUUCCGGUUACUACUUUUGCCUCUAGGCAAAACAAUAAUGCAAUAUGAGGAUCGAGAUCGAGGCCAGGUCAUGGGUACAGCGAUUAUUACUUUGUUACUGAUCUAUUGCAUGUUAACUGCAAAGUACAAGCGGUCAAGCGGAUGAUGAUGAUGAUGAUGGUUAUGCUGCUGCUGCUGCUGCUACUGCUGGCGGUGUUGUUCGUAAAACUCGUGGCUGUGAUUGAGCAUGGACUGGAUCGUGCCGAGGCACCAAAUAUCUGCCGACCGUUCAACAAUGAUGAUAAUAGGUGCUCUGAUAGCAGACCCAAGAUAGAACAAGCACACCGUGUUAUGUCUUGGUUGACUUGACUUUUCGGAAAAAGUGAGGAGAAAAGACACGACAAGACGUGGUUAAGAGUGGUCCCAACUCAAAAGAGAUGGAUGAGUGGAUGAAAGAGGCACGCGAUGGGAGGAGGAGGUUGAAUAAUUGGCAAGUUGAGAACAGGCACCCGAAUUUUGGAGAGACAGCAGUGGGCGGAUAGGAUAAUCGACUAGUCUAGUGCCGGUCGUUGCAGUCACAGGAUCCACCGAAUGCGAUCCGAGGUCUUAGAUAUCCUCGCGCUUUUUG